AUGCGACUUCGAGGAACCGUUAACGCACCCCAACGUCUGAAAGACGGGGCCGCCUACGAGGAGCAUCCGAGACAAUCACUACGCAGAUCUAGGGCUCCACCACCGCAUCAAUACGUCGACUACAAUCCAAAUCUACCCCCUGCUGCAUUUCCGACCCUGGACGAACCACGAGUGGCUGAGAAGAGGGACAAAAAGGCUUUCAGACAGGGGAACACAACACAGCGCCAAGAUGAGCCGAGACGUGAGCCUCAGAACCAAGAUAGCAAGAUUCAUAAUGGGUCCGGCAGGAAAACCAUGAAAGCAGAAGUGGAUGUGAAAGCCGCACCCGAUAAAUUGCCGGAGGGCUGGGUUUUGGUUGAUGGAAAUGAUUGCCCCAUCUCCGUGAGCUGGGUUGCGAGCAACGGGGACUGUAAUCCCAUCUAUACCAGGAAUAUGGACAUUAUGGCGAGUGCAAACAGUAACACGCCUUUGCACUGUGAAGUGGAGGAUAGCGACUACGAGAUGGAUCAUUCCCCUGAUGGAGGAGGUAUGAAUGAAGCCACCCCAAUCCAUGACCCUGAAUGGAGCGACCUCUCCCCGAGGAUUCAGGUCGAGAUCGCUGAUAACCUCCUCCAGCAUUACAAUUGGCCUACAGUCGCUCAUAUGCUUGGGUUAACGGCAAAACAAUGCGAGAAGACACAAGAGUAUAUGAAUCAACGUGAGAAGCAAAUGAACUUGGAGGAUGCGCAACUAGGGCGAAUGCGAGAAAAGCAGCUCAAGGCCCUCCUGAAGAUAGAUAAUAGCGCACUGAAACACGAUAAGUCUCACAAGUUUGUGUUUCGCCGGGCCUCUCGACAAUACGGCCGCAGACUAUCGGACGCCAUCAAAAUGGACUUCUUCUCGUGCUACCCCGGAGAGCUGGUGAGCGCUCAGCGGUUCCUAGAUAAGCGCAGUAUAGACAUAGGCUACGCUGGGAAGUGGAGCGACGGCAUUGCUGAUUGGAGAGCAACCGAGGACGAAAAUAAGUAUACCGUUUCUGAGACAGGCUCACCCUUGGUGAAUGGCUUUGCUCCUAUGGAAGGUUGCAUGGAUGGGGAAACUCCCGAUUUCGAUAUGCCCACGUCUAAACGACCGCAUCUCAGCAUAACCAUAUUACCCGGACAACCAAAAGACAUAUUUGAGCGGCAGGGUGAUCCGGAUCUUUUAAGACUAUACAGCAUCGCCCAUCGUGACACAUUACUUCAUCCUUGUAUCAAGCCGCUAAAGGCAGUCACAUCACCUCUUCCUAUUAUCUAUCAUCUUGUUGAACCUAUGCCUUCGCAACCAAGCACAGGAAGACUCGCGGAAUUAGUCGUAAGGGGGAACCCGGUGCCUGUAUCUACAUGGCUAAGGGACAAACUGAACAAAAUUGGAUUGGAGGUAGAACAAGGGGUCUCCAGAAGCCUUGAAGGUAAAAUGUGGGAAGACGGCAGCGACGACGAGUGGCUAUCUGCAUUUCCUUUAAUGAAACCGGAGCCUAUGUCAUUCGAGAGCCACUCGCAACUGACGCCCCCUGGAAGAGUUAUCCUUGAAAGGAACCCAGAUCACGUCCAGGCGGAUGAGCAAUUUAUGGACUUUGAUGAUAUGAUAGAAAUUGAGGAAAAUGCUACUAAUGACGGGGUUAUGGUUGACAGCUCAGACUCGCGUCCAUCUUCCCCAUCGCCGUCAAGUCUGGGCUUCAGCGACAAUGUCCACUCAAUGACGAGCUAUGUUGAGACCACACCUGAAGUUGAAGUUUCUGAUUGUGAAUCCGAUGAAGAAGAGGAUGAGGUGGUUCUGGUGCCAACGCCUACACCCUCUCCAACGAAAGAACUUUCAAUGGGGAAUCAUUGA